GGGGGGGGUUGGGGCCUCAGCCAGGCAGCUCUCACAAUGGGCUAGAACUCUCCCUCACUGUAGGUUCUCAUCCACUUUGACUCCUCUCCCUGACCCAGGGAGGGGAGGAAAGGCUUGGAACAACAAGUCAUUGGGGUGUGUGCUUCCCCCUUGGAUUUCCUGCUUCUUCCUCUUUGCUGUGUUUGAAGCUCCUUGGCUCCCAUAAGAUCCCUCUGCUGGUCGCCACUGGCCUGCAGCCUGUCCCACUCGCCACUCCAAAUGCUGGCUUUGCCCCGAUUUGGGGCUCUUCAUACUGGGAGAGAUGGCUGUGGUCGUGAGGUUCUUCAAAUGUGUUAGCAACGUUUGGCAAAAGGUGACCUGUUGGGUUUUCUUCUGGAGACACAAACCUCAGGCAACCAUCUUGGAACACUCUGGCUCCAAAAAACAUGUGUUGAAGAAAGUAGAGAAAAUUCCCAUGGAAUUUGAGACUUUAAAGUUGGCUGAGUCCCCCAGAGAGGUUCAUCUCUCCAAACUGGAUGAGUGUGCCCAGCUGCCUGAGCCCUGCAUGUUGACCACUGUCAUGGACGGGACAGUGGCAGGCCAUGAGAGCCGUUCCCUGCUGCAGCUAUCUCGGUCGGCCGUCCAGUCGGUCUCCUCGCUGAUGUUGUCUGCCUUGCAGUCUGGCUGGCAGAUGUGUAGGUUGAAGUCAUCUUCUGUGAGUUCUGCCUCCAUUACCUCUCAGAUGAGGACCCGGUCCCCACUGGAUACGCCAGAGGCUGAGAUGCUACGGGAAGUGUAUCUGGUGCUGUGGGCCAUUCGAAAACAACUACGACAGCUGGCUCGCAGACAGGAGAGGCGCAGGCGACACCAUAUUCAGACCCACGCUUCCCCCCAGCCUGACCCAGUGCAAGGCCUGCAACAGGAUGCCCGAAGUCCACUCUAGGGGGGAGGGAGCCCCAGAUCCUCAGAAAGUCCUACCUCACUCUUAGGUAAGGUUGAUAGGAAGGGGUCAGGGCAACAGGCCAGAAGUUGUGGAUUAGGAGGCAUUUUCAUACUGUCCCCUCUCAUCGGGAGCCCAAGGCCGGGUCUGGGGUCCCCCAUACUCCCCUUUAUAAUGUUUAUUCAAUUUGUAAAAAAAAAAAAUUUAUCAAGAUAUUGAGAAAUAAAUAUCAGAUAUUUCUGAAUAGAUGGAGAGUUUGCUUGUGAAUGGAAGAAGCAGUUAAGAGGAGCUUUGGUGGACCAGGAAGGGAAAAAUAUGUGUAGGGUUAUCUGUUGCAGAGAGCAGAGAUGGACAGGUUGCCUGCCCUAGACCCCUACACCCUUCUAGGAGCUGAAUUGCUUCUGGCAACAAUGCCUGAUCUAUAACCAUAGCAAUAACAGUCAAUCAUUAAAGCAGGUUGCUCUCUCCUGCAAUUCCACAAGAAAGGUAUUUAGAGCCGACUAUGAAAUCUUCCAAGGCUCUACAGCCAAGGAGACCUCACUGGAAACUCCCUGCUCAGAGACCCCUACACCUUGCCUCUAGUGCUCUUGGCUUGACCAUGGAUGUGGCUCCUGAAGGUGAUCCCAAUAUCCAUGCCCUAUGGAGAGCCAGGAGAACUACAUCUCCCAGGAUGCUUUGUGGCCGCAUGGGCUCUGAGCAGGAGCUCUACAAUGGCAAACCAGGCUAGGCUGGGGAGGUUAGGUAGAGCCACAGCUGGCUAGCAGGGAUGCGGGGAUGGGAGGUCUAGCAUGCUGCUGGGGAAUCGAGGUCAUGGCAAUUUGGAAAGAGGUUGUAAGUCAAAUUUUUUUUUUUUUUGGUAAAACUGAAGGUUGAACUCAGGGUCAUGUGCUUGCUAGGCAGAUGCUCUACCACUUGAGCCACUCAACCAGCCCAAGAGAGAGGUUUCGUAUUUGGGAGACCCUGGAGCCUAAAGUCCUCUCGCCUGCCCUCUGAUCUGACAGCAAAAAGGUGCAGAGGUGGCUCCCCAAGGAAAAGCAGGGAUAUUUCAGUGGAUAGCAAAUUUUGGGGAAUUUGGGGGUUCACAGGGCUUGGGGAUGGCAGCAGACCCAAAAGCUGGGAACGGUCGAUUCCUGGGAAGAGAAGAGGUAAGGACCUGGGAGGAUCCUGACAGCUGUGGUUGAUAUUCAAGAAAAUUCAAGUUGAUAUUCAAGUUGAUAUUCAAGAAAAUUACUUGUGAGUUGCAGGCACUGGGUUGAGCACAGCAAGGGGGCAGUGAGGAGGAACAGGGAGGGAUGGUUUGCUGGAAGUCACUGGAAACUUCAGCCACCCCCUUAUCUCCGACACACACCUGACACACACCUACUCUGCAGCUCUGGGAGGGUUUGGUCCCAUUGUGGAGAUCUGGGCAGCCUUUCUGAA